AUAUGAGAAUUGUACCUAAUUGCUUAUACUUUAUAUAUAAUUCAUGCCGUGAAAAAAAUGUCUAACAUUUCCGGAUGAAAAUUAAGGUCUUUGGUUGAAAAAAAAGGAGAAAAAAAACAUUAAGACAUGAAUUAGAAAAUGCCUGCAACCAUGAAAAAUAUUAUCGCUCUAGCGAUUAUCUUCUCAAUUUCAUUGGUUGAAGCUGUUCCUUAUUCCAAAUAUGGAAGAACUUGUAAUGAUAUUGGAUGCCCCAGCACUGAAGAAUGUGUAAUAGCGACAGAUAAAUGUACAUAUUCCAACAGUCGUCAAUGUGGUAGUUAUCCAACUUGCAAAAAGAAAACGAAUUUUGGAGAGCCAAAUUGCAGUACAAUGAACUGUCCAACCGGUCAGAAAUGUAGAGUGGACAAUGGAAGUCCAGUCUGUGUGGCAUCUCAAGAAUUCAAUUGGAAUGAUUCCGAGAUGAUACCAUGGGAAAUUGAAAAUGACGUUGGAAUUGAUAUUCUCAAGGACAAUAUAAUUCCCGACUACAAUGAUUUAAGAAAUGGUGGUGUCGCUGAUUUUUAUGGCCAUUUCGCCAAACAACUACCAGAAGAAACAGAAAUAUUAUCAUUAACGAGAUUGCGACGAGGGGUUGAUGAUGAUGUCAAAAAUACUGAUGAUGAUUCUUCAAUCAAAAGACCGGGUGAAUCGAGAUCUGGUUCUGGAUAUCCAGCUGGUUCCGGUUAUCCAGGAGAACCGAGAACCAGUUCUGGUUAUCCAUCUGGUUCCGGUUAUCCAGGAGAACCAAGAACCAGUUCUGGUUAUCCAUCUGGUUCCGGUUAUCCAGGAGAACCGAGAACCAGUUCUGGUUAUCCAUCUGGUUCCGGUUAUCCAGGAGAAACGAGUUCCGGUUCUGGUUCUCCAUCCGUAUCAGGAAAUUCUGAUCCUUCCAUUAAAAAACCCUCUUCGUAUCCUAGUUAUCCUUCCUCCGGUUAUCCAGGAGAAUCGAGAUCCGGUUCUGGUUAUACUUCCGGUUCUGGCUAUCCAUCCGGAUCGGGUUAUCGAUCAGGAUCUGGUUAUCCCUCAGCUUCUCCAAAUUCUGAUUCUUCCAACAAAAGACCCUCUUCGUAUCCUAGUUAUCCAUCUGGUUCUGGUUAUCCAGGUGAAGCAAGAUCCGGUUCUGGAUAUCCUUCCGGUUCUGGUUAUCCAGAAGAGACUGUGAGAAAAACCGGAGCAAGUACUGUUAACGCUGGUUAUCCCGGUUCUUCGGAUUCAGGUAAUACAGGUUCCUCCGGUUCUGGAUAUCGUGGUUCCGGUUAUCCAGGUUAUCCAAAUUCCGGUAAUCCUUAUUCGGGUAAUCAAAAUUCCGGAUAUCCAAAUUCGGGUAAUCCUUAUUCGGGUAAUCCCUAUUCUGGUUAUGGAAAUAAUCCUAAUCAAGGUGGAAAUCAAUAUCAAAAUCCAAACUACAAUCAAGGACGAAAUCCAUACAAUGGCCAACCAAAUACAUAUUCAGCUUAUCCAAAUCAGUAUAAUAAUCCCAAUCAGGCGGGUGGCUAUCCGCAAAAUUAUCCAGGACAAGGUUAUCCUCAAGGUGGAUAUAAUAAUGGUCCCGUGACACAAAAACCAAGCAUUGGGGAUAAAAUUCAAGAAUAUGCCGCAAAUGUACUGAAGAAAUUUGUCAUUCAAAAAGUGAUCGAUUCAGUCAGUAAGAAUAAUAAUCAAUAAAAUUGUUUAAAUUUUUUUUUUUUUUGUAUAAAUAAAUUAAAUAUUUUUAAGUCUUGUAAAUUUACAUAACUAUUAAAACGUAGUUAAUUUUCAAGUUAUUGUAAAAUAAAACAUAAUUUAAACUUUUAAAAAUGUAAAA